UUAGAAUACCUAACGUUCACUUCCGUGUAAAUGUUAUGAAUCACUUCCCCCUGCAGCUCGCUGACUUGUCUUAACUCCAUCUGAUUCCAGUUAGAUAUUUUUGACAGCUGCUGUUCCUGUAGGGUCUAAUCAGAUGGAGUAUACCGCCGCACAGAGUGGGUUCAGACAGCGUAAGUUACAGCAUAAUAUGCGUUUGAGGAACAGCUCAAUGGACGGGUCAGAUGGCAGCCAGCUGUUUGACGACACAAGUGCGACAGGGCCUGGGGCUCAAGGAGUCUACAGAAAUCAGCAGGCUGGCCCUCAAGCAGCAGGAGGACUUCCUGGCCAGUCCCUCCUGUCGGACCCCAUGUCCAACCUGGCCAUGGCUUACGGCAGCUCACUGGCAUCCCAGGGGAGGGAAAUGGUGGACAAAAACCUGGACAGGUUUAUUCCCGUAUCCAAGCUGAAAUACUACUUUGCUGUUGACACGGUGUACGUCGGAAAGAAGCUUGGAAUUUUAGUUUUUCCUUACAUGCAUGAGAACUGGGAGGUGAGUUAUCAGCAGGACAUCCCCGUUGCCCCACGCUUUGACGUCAACGCUCCUGACCUUUACAUUCCUACUAUGGGCUUCAUCACAUACAUCCUGGUGGCUGGUCUGGCUCUUGGCACACAGAACAGGUUUUCCCCAGAGCUUCUGGGAGUUCAGGCCAGCUCGGCGCUGGUGUGGUUGAUCAUGGAGGUCCUGGCCGUCCUGCUUUCACUCUACCUCGUCACCGUCAACACAGACCUCACCACCAUAGACCUUUUAGCCUUUUCAGGAUACAAAUAUGUCGGAAUGAUUUUAGGCGUCGUCGCUGGUCUUCUGUUUGGAAAGCUAGCAUAUUAUCUCUCCCUGCUGUGGUGUUGUGCCGCCAUCUUUGUCCUCAUGAUCCGCACUCUGCGUCUGAAGCUCUUAUCCGAGGCGGCGGCUGAAGGGAAGCUGGUGAGAGGAGCCAGGAACCAACUGAGGAUGUACCUCACCAUGUCCAUCGCAGCGGCGCAGCCCGUCUUCAUGUACUGGCUCACCUACCACCUUGUCAGAUAGAAGCUUCAGCUCUCACUUUUGCAGGAGAAGAACUCUGCUGUCUGCAUGGCAUCAUCUCAGAAACACAAACUCUCCUCAAAGGACCACAUCGCUAAAGUCACCGGGCAAAACGCUCCACCUCUGAGCACAGCCACGUUGUUAGUUUUGCCUUUUUUCUUUUUUUUUUUUACAUUUAAUGUCUUCAGAUUUUGUAGCAAGAACAUGUGGCUUUAACUGCUCUGCGUCUUUACUGCAUAAUUGCAUGUUAACUAUAUAUUUUUUUUAUGAAUAUUUAUGUACGUCUGUGAAUUGAUUAAGUCGCUACGUUGCAGAUUUUCGUCUGGUCGUCGCAGGCGUUUUAUUAAAGACUGCACAAAGAAAGCACAUUAGCCUCACAUUUACCCCUCCACCUGAUACUACGAACAAACUCUAAUCCAGGUUGCUCCCUGAUCGGCCAGCUUUGCCUAAAUGUUUUGUGUAACUUUUUCUGUCGCUUGUUUAAUGAGAUAUGUCAGAUCCUGUGGAGAAAAAGUUUAUGUGACGAAUGCAGCUUCAACUGUUUAACCCUUUAGAUUGUGUUUGGUAACGUGUGCGGACGUCUUGGACAGAGAUCUGCCGGAAGGAACAAUGUUAGAUGCAAAAAAAUACAAAGGUAGACUGUAGAAGUUUACUGCUGAAUAAAUGUAAUUUAAUAUCAGA